AUAUAUCCUCAAAAACCACUUUCUCUGUCGACCUUUUUAUCUUAUACCAAUUCCUAAACCCCUCUCUCCCUCUCUCUCUCUCUCUGGAAGCUUCGUUCUUCUGAUUCGCUCGGCUCCAUCUUCGAUUUCUUCCUCAACCUGUUCGAAACCAUAACUUUUCAGAUCAGUGCUCGGCGUUUGGUCCGUUCAAUUCUAGCAGCCAAGGUUCAUGUCUGAGCUCGACAUCCAGGUCCCAACAACCUUCGAUCCAUUCGCUGAGGCAAAUGCUGAGGACUCGGGUGCUGGGUCAAAGGAAUAUGUUCAUGUCCGUAUACAGCAGCGUAAUGGUAGGAAAAGCCUGACCACUGUCCAGGGGUUGAAGAAGGAAUUCAGCUAUAACAAGAUACUCAAGGACCUUAAGAAGGAGUUUUGCUGCAAUGGUACCGUUGUCCAGGAUCCAGAGCUGGGCCAGGUUAUCCAACUUCAAGGUGAUCAGCGAAAGAAUGUCUCGGCCUUUCUUGUUCAGGCGGGCAUUGUGAAGAAGGAACAUAUCAAGAUCCAUGGUUUUUAAAUACCAGCGGUAGGGAGCAGAUUGUUCCUGAGGUACCAGCUGUUGCUGUAUUUGAAAGUAGAAAACUAUAGGGUCUCGUAAGUAGUCCUACAUGUAUUUUGAAUCUAUGUUCAGCUUGUCCUCUUAACCUUGGUGGAAAAUGUUUGUGUGUUUUAAGUUCAACUGUUUGGAUAUGUCCAAUGUAUGGUGCUCACAGGUUGAAAACUUCAUUAUGUAUAUCAUGGAUUGUUGUUAUGCAUCCAUAGCUAUCCAGAGUUAUAUUUUUAUUAACUGUUAUUUGGAUGGAAUAUGUUUCAACAUCUUUAUUUCA